UAGGGCUUAUUCCCUCGCUCUUGUUCAAACAUGCACAUUCUUCUUUAUGCCCUUUUUUCUUGCAGGUUACGGCCUCGUCUGCCAUCGUGUAAUCAAGACCCUCUGCCAGAUCAUUGGUGUGAAGGACUUGCAUGCGAAGGUCGAGGGCAACACCAAAAACUACCUGGCUAUUGUGCGUGGAUUCCUCCGGCUGCUGCACGAACAGUCGAUGCGAUACUUCGCUGUAGUAAAUGCUGAUCGGGACCAAAUUGUCGGCCAGCCCUUUGUCGAUUUUGACACCUUCUUUCCCAACUCCAUUUUAAGAGGCAUUUUCAUAUAUCAUUGGCUUCGUCGCAUACUGUUUACGUGCGGUCGACAUACUCGAUCCAUCUCAUCCAAUGGCUUCCUUCUGCAGGAAACGUAUGAGGAAGUAGCCAAUCGUCUGGGUCUGCACGUGGUCGAAUUUGACGAAAAUCACAAUAUGGUGCCGCAAGUGCUUGCUUCACCAUCUUCUGGCAUCGCUGGCGGCGGUUCUGGUCACAAAACUGAUCCCCUGCUACGCACCCGCCCACUACCUCCUGCACCCAAGUGCAGCCGGACAGACACUGAUUUGGCCUCCCUACACGCUUUUUGGAAGGACUCCAAGAAGCCGCCCAUCCUCGAGAUCACGAACCCCGCCUCCCCACCUCGGGUCUAUCAGAAGCCUGAUCCAGAAUAUGAUCCGCUGAACAACCUGGUUGAUGCAGAGGAUGAAGAGGUGGAGGAGUCAGUGGCGCGUCUGCUAGAACGCGGCGAACGCGAUUUGGACACUCUGGUCACUCUGAAGGGUCUG